AUGGACGGCGACGCGUGGCGAUUCGAGAAGCUCCAGGAAGGCACUAGGGGCGCGGAGAGGGCUGGGGCGCGGCGCGUGGCCGGCGGCCUCGACGUCCAGCGGCGAACGGCGAUGAACGCCGUGAGCAGAGAAGAGAUGGAGUUGAUGGCAGUCUCCUGCCUGCUGACGCGCCGGGGUCGGCAGCUGGGCGCCUGGGCCCUCAUCGGCUUCGGUGAACGAGUUGCUACAACAUCAUUGUGCGGCAAGAACCCGCACCUUUGCAUGGACAUGCUAUUCAAAGAAGAGGUAUCAUCUAAUGGGAGCUCGGUGCCGAUCAAAGAAGAAGCAUCCGACAGUUCAGCAUAUAUAUUCCAUCAUGCAAUUUACCAAUCAACUGGCUAUGAUUCCGUAGUAUACGGUACCAAGGCAACUUUAAGUGUUCAUGAGUUCCCGGCCAUCAAGAAGGGGCAAAAUAUAUUGGCUACUGUUAAGGUUUGGAAUUUCCAAAAGGGCCAUCCGGAAUAUACUAAUGCUGUGCAUGCUGGAUGGGCAAUUCGGCCAUCAUUCUACGGUGACAGCAAAACUCAUUUUAUCAUAACAUGGACAGCCGAUGGAUACAGAUCAACCGGGUGUAUUGACUUAAAAUGUGAUGGAUUCGUGCCAGUUAACUAUGCACCAAUUACCCCAGGAGAUAGUUUGGAGGGGCAAAGUAAGAUAUCAAUCAAGAUAUUCAAGAAAAAGGAUGAUGGAGAUUGGUGGUUAUACUUUGGUCAUGAUGGUCAGAACCUUGCUCCCGUGGGAUUUUGGCCAAAGAAUAUCUUCACCAGUUUGGCAGACCAUGCAAAUAUAAUAACUUGGGGAGGCUACACGGGAUCUUUUUCAGGAGAUUCCAGCCCCCCAAUGGGGAAUGGCAAGUGGCCAGGAGCAAAUUCUGCAACAUAUCAAGAUGUCCAGUAUGUUAGCGGUGAUGGCCAAGGCUACGCUCCCCCUCCAUGGCCCGGUGGUGUUCAUGCCGAUGUGACCCAUAAGAACUGUUAUCAACUGAGCCCGUUUACGAAUAACAUGUUCUACUAUGGGGGUCCGGGAGGUUGUAGUGAUUAGAAUCAUUAUUCACUGAAAGAUCCAUGUCCAAUAAAAAUAAAUUAAUUAAAGAUCCAUGUCAUUGCCGAGUCAACAUGCCACUUGGACGAUUAAUUUAAUGGAAGUUGUGAA